AUGAAUCGUAUUCAGAGCAUCAGACCGUCACAUAUUAAAAUUUCUACGAGAAAACCAGAAUCAGCAGACGAAUAUGUGCCGACAGAAGUUGAGUGUUUCUUCGACAAUCGCAGACUGGUAGCUUGGGCAGACGUUCUGUUCCUCUGCUGUUUGUUCUCUCAUCUCCCCAAAGUCUGUGCUGACCUUUGUUCUCAUCUGUCAAAGCACUGCCUCGUGUACAGUUUCAUCUCCGCUGUGCCUGUGAACAGAUUAGUUUCACUUCUACGACACGAUUUUAUUCUCAAACCUCAGUACGAAGUUGUUGCUUGUGAUGCAGCAGAUGUGUGGCUGUCCUGUCCUCACUUGACCACAGCAUUGACAGAUGCAUCGCUGGUAGAAGCUGCAUGCCCUCUUUCUACCAAAGUAUCAUGUGGCAUCACUCUAAGUCUGAACUGGAUGUGUGCAGUGCUGUACAGCGUGUUGAACAUCUGUACCUCUGCUGGUCUGGGAUCCGGGGAAACGCUCUCCCUGAUGAACAACAUGUUUAAAGACUCAUGUCCAAAUAAGCUGCAGUUAAAUGCACAGAGUUUCAUCAGUUCAUCUCAUGCAGCUAUUUUUACCCCAGAUAAGCCAUUUUCUUGGAUUUCACUCACUGAUGCCCAAACCAAGGAGACACCCCUGCUACGGUUUCUAUCAAGCAGCAAAUCUUUGCAACAGUUUUCAAAUCCCAGCUUGAGAGACCAAUAAACUGGUGCUGUUGCAUCCUAAUUCAGAGUCCAUAACUGUCUUACACCUACACUGAUAAGCCAUAACUUUAAAAACAACUGACAGGUAACGUGAGUAACUCUCCAGAAAACAUUUCAAUGU